AGUCGCUAAUCAUAAUGUAGCUGCAUCAAUAUGCACUUCUUCAGUACGGUAGCUUCAAAUCCUCAUUCAUCUUCUUAUGUAUUCUAGAAGAAAAAUUCGAUCUCUCGAAGCAGACGUCCAUGGAGAAACCGCUGAAUUCGAGCCCCAAGAGACUAAACAAGCACUCGAAAAGUUGCAAAAAGCAGCAGCAACCGCUCAAAGUUGUUUACAUAACAAACCCUAUCAAGUUCAAAGCCAGCGCCUCGGAAUUCCGCGCGCUUGUCCAGGAACUCACCGGACAAGGCGCAGUAUAUCCGGCGGAAUACGCCGGUUUUCCGGUCGACGGAGGAGAUGCGGGGGCUGAAUCGGAAACCGUCGCCGUCGCGGAGAGCGAUAAUGCUCAUGCACUGGUAGACGACGAAGUAGCGGUAGAUUCGAAGCUAGGGCGGGAAAGUAGAUCCGAUCCGCCAGAAAUCGGGUCGGGUACGGACGGCGGAUUGUACGGUGGGGAUAUGGUGGAGAAUUUGAUACACGAUGUUCUCGGAAGCUUUGAUGGAAUUUAACGGAAGUUUCUUAGUGGUUUGAUUUGAGAGUAAUGAUCAAAUCUGGCGAUUUUCCUGCAUCGAUCGAUUUGUGAAUUUAAUUAUCAUUUGCUCUAAUUUGUAAAUCAAAAUUACAACCAAUACUUGCAUUGCUGUUCAUCUGUUUAAUUUGAUAGAUUCAGAAAAUGAUUAUAAGUAGCUUACCUCAAGAUUUUGGAAAAAAUAUAUAUGUGAGAAACAAAUCUAAAAGAUUUAGAUUAUGUAA